GCCGAAAAUUCAAAAUGGAUGAAGACCACAAUACUCCAGACCAUAAUAUUCUACGCUGGUAGUAAAGGGAUGGACUCAUUCUGUGACACUUGUGAUUGCAUUGUCAUACAGCAUGGUAAACCAAACUUCUUCAAUCAGGUGGAUAUGGUAAAUUUAAUUACAGAAUAUGGCCUUGACAGGAAAUGAUUCCCUUAGAAUUUUCACCUCCAAUAUGGUGACAGAUACGACCACCACUAUUGAUCACUCCAUUAGAGGUACACAGACAUGUACAACUCCAACUGUAUCUCUCCUGUCUGAGCCAGGGAUGCACGGCUAUCAGCCCGAGGGACCGGGGCUGAUCCCCGUCCAGCGCUCGGACACAACUGUAAUGCCAACAAGUACAUAUGUAUACCUCUCCAGCAAAGAUAAAUUUGAGCUACAACCAACACAAAAGAUCGAUGCCAUGCAACAAGGAACUGGAAAUACACUUAAUGAUACAAUCAUGGCUGAUAGCCAGGAAACAUUGCCUAAUUAUAGCAAUAAUGUCAACAAGUCGACUCCAGUCAUGUUCUUUCUGAAUCAAGAUCAGAAUACGAACACUUCAACUAUGGACACCAAUUUGAUGCUGCACCAUCCACUAAUAUCAGAUAUGUAUCAAAUUCAAAACAACCUAUCAAGUAUUUAUGCUAUAGCUCAGGCAAACCUCGUGGCUCAAACACAGCAGGACAUUGCCAAACAGUUGAUAGGACAGACUGAUGGUCAAGGCCAUAACCCGGUGAAUCUUGGCCAAAGCCUACAGCAGCCAGCCAUGUCAUGCAUAUCAAUCCAAGGGGACAUAACUGCCCCAAGUAACAAAGUUUUGGUCCAAACGUCUCAAACUGAAACCGAUGGUAUAUGCUCUGACGUAAGUAAAGGAGACAAAGAAGAGAAGACAUUUGUGUGCAAGUUAGAUAAAUGUGGUCGCAGUUUUUCAUCAGCUGGCCAUCUGAGGAACCAUCAAUCUAACCACAGUCGUGAGAAACCACUGACAUGUACACAUGAGGGGUGUGGUCGCACUUUUACCUGGCCAGCCCACCUCAAGUACCAUAAACUUACCCACAUGUCUACAAGGAACUUUUCAUGCAACAUGUGUGAGAAAAAGUUUUACACCGCUCAGAGACUGAAGGUCCACACCAGGGUCCACACGGGGGAGAAACCAUUCACCUGUGAUGAGUGUGAUAAAGAAUUCUCAACAGCAGGCAAUCUCAAGAACCAUAAGAGGAUCCACUCUGGUGAGCGGCCAUAUGUUUGUUCCAAAGAAAAAUGUGAGAAGAGAUUUGCGGAGUAUUCCAGUCUUCGUAAACACAUGCUCACUCACACUGGUGAAAAACCUUUUAAGUGUGAGGAAUGUGGCCGUUGUUUUACCCAGAGUGGCAGUCGUACAAUACAUAUGAAGAAGCACCUGCUAGCAGAGGAGGAAGAGGAUGUUGAGGAAGAGGAGGAAAGAAUUGGGGAGGAGGUGAAGACGAGUGAACAAAGCACCAAAGACUCAGACAAGAAUGUUGUGGUUCUCCACAAUGGCCAGGAGGAUCUGUUACAAUAUCAAGACCUACAAGUUGUGUUUUCUCAAGGAGUGAGUGAUCAUAUAGUUACCGUGACAACACAGACAGCAGACCAUGAUGAAAAGUUUCCACCAAUAGCCAAUGAAAUGCUUCUAAGUGAAGAAGUGUUCCAGUCCAGCGAUGCUGCAGCCAAUGUGGGAACCAUGGUGGAUGAAAACCUGGCAGAACACGGCUCUGCUAAUGUAGUAGUGGUCGCCCAGCCUCAAAUGAUGGUGUCUAUGACCACUGACUUUCAGGAUCCACACGGCCGGGAGGAGAUCGUGUACCACAGUGAUUUUUUACACUCAGAUCUUGUGAAUGAGGAAAUAGCUCAUAACAUAACAGAUAUAACAGCUACAGCUGUUACCAUGGAGAUAUCAAACCAAGUGAUAACAUCCUCUAUUAGUCAUACCGCAAUAGAUCCUCAAAUACCGUAACUUAAAAUAUAAUUCUCUGUAAAUUACACAUACCUUACUGAAUAAAUUGAAGGAAAAGGCUUGUGAGUUAAGGGUAAAAAAAAGAAACUAUUUCCAUCAUUGUUGCCUUUAAAAUCUGGUCUAUGAGAAAGAAGUUUAUAUAGCUGAAAUAUGUUACAGUAUUUAAUUGAUGCUUGCUGAAGUUUCAUUCAGUUUUCUUGUCCAGAUUACUGAUGAUUAAUCCGAAGCUGUGUUGGUAAUGGCAGGUGCUUUCAAACAAUUAUGUAUCAGAUAAAAUUUGGAAUUGAACAAACAUUAUGAUGUUAAAUGGGGACAGUUUCAAGAGUUGGGGUCAGAUAUAAAUGUUCAGUAGUGAAAGGAGAUUGAAACAGCCACAAUAUUUAUGGUCUGUAAUGAGAAAUGUAUCUAUACAUACUGCAUCUCAAUAGUGAUACUAUUUUUCACAAGACUAGUAUGAAUUACAGUUACCUGUAAUAACAUCAAUAUUCUGACAUCUAUACUUAAUCACCCCUAAACAUUCUACUUUAAAGUUGUUGAGCACUUUGCUGUACCAUACACACUUGUAUCUGGUUGAUGGAGAGCUAAUUAGUAAGUUUUCAGUACAGGUUUUGUUUGUUUUUUCAUAUUAAACAACAGCCUGUGAUACAUCAGUAUUAUAUAGCAAGAUAGGUUUUUAUCAUGCAAGGGGCUGGUAUCAAUUCCCUGACGUGUGAAAUAUGUUGUUCAUUUAGGACACUUUUUGGCAAUGUAUGCAUGUUCAUGCAUAGAAUUUCAUUUAAAUGGGUAUAGAAGCUGCCAUGGAUGGAGUAAGUGUCAUGCAAGUUGAUUUAGACAUAUCUGUGAUUAAUAGAGUCUAUCAUAUGUAGGUCUGUGGACUAUGCCAAUUCAACUAGAGGGUGUAGAGUUUUGGUCAGAACUGAGACUUUGCCGAGGUUCCAACAACAUAUUCUGCACUUUAGGUUAGAACAUCAAUAUGCCACAUACCUACAUAACGACUGACUCGUUUUCUCCCACCUCUUACAUGGGUAGAAAUAUGAAAUAGUCAAUGCAAAUGCAGCAAUAAAUAUAGAAAUAAUAUAUUUGAUGAAUACACAAACUAAGGUCAUACGAGAGAGACUCAUAGCCUUUGUUUGUAAUCCUCGUUAAACAAAUAAGAAUUAAAUUGAGGUCAUAUUUAAAAAGAGUAGAAAAAUAUGGUAUACCAUAGAUAUGUACCUCAAAUUUUGAGAUCCAUGCAAGACGUUCCGGGUAAGUUUGUGCAUUAAUUCUAACAUUCAUGAGAUAGUGUCACUUGCUGAUGGCAAGACUGUAAAAGUCAGUCAAACUUUUUAGGUCACCUGAGCUUUGCUCAAGUGACCUAUUCCAAUCGCUUUUCGUCCGUCGUC